AUGUCUUUUAAGGCCCUCUUGCUUUGCUUACGCACUUUUUUCUAUAAUAUAUUCUUCUUCUCUUCUUACCCGGGGCAAACACAAAACCAUCUAUAUUCUUUUAAUAUCUCUGCGUUUAACUUCAUCAUCCAUUUUUGUGGUCCACAAUCUCUGCAAUUUCUAACAGAAAAUAGGAUUAUGGGUUGCUUUGGCUUCUGCAAAGAGAAUGAUUCUUAUACUACUGCUGACAGAGGAAACUUCAUGCAAAACAAUCCUACUGGGAACUCUAGUUAUCAUGGACGACACACGGCAGUGACCAUUCCUCGGCCUAUAAAUCUCCAACCUAUUUCUGUGCCUUAUAUUACAGUAGAUGAAUUGAAGUCUGUGACAGAUAAUUUUGGUACAAAGUCUUUUCUUGGUGAAGGUGCAUAUGGGAAAGUAUAUCGCGCCAUGUUGAAAACGGGACGGGAAGUUGCGAUUAAAAAGUUGGACUCGAGUAAACAGCCAGAUCAAGAAUUUCUUUCUCAGGUCUCCAUCGUUUCAAGGCUAAAGCAUGAAAACGUUGUCGAGCUUCUUACUUACUGUGUUGACGGCCCUUUCCGUGCCCUUGCUUAUGAGUAUGCACCAAAUGGAUCCCUUCAUGACAUUCUACAUGGGCGCAAAGGUGUAAAAGGUUCAGAACCUGGUCAAGUUCUGUCAUGGGCUCAAAGAGUUAAAGUCGCAGUUGGAGCAGCUAGAGGACUUGAGUAUCUUCAUGAAAAGGCAGAAGUUCAUAUUGUCCAUCGUUACAUUAAAUCUAGUAACAUACUUCUAUUCGAGGACGACAUGGCAAAGAUUGCUGAUUUUGAUCUGUCGAAUCAAGCCCCUGAUGCAGCAGCGCGUCUUCAUUCUACCCGUGUUCUCGGAACCUUUGGUUAUCAUGCUCCAGAAUAUGCAAUGACUGGAAACCUCUCUUCAAAGAGUGAUGUUUACAGUUUUGGAGUCAUACUGUUGGAACUCUUAACUGGGCGUAAACCUGUCGAUCAUACACUGCCCCGAGGACAGCAAAGCCUUGUGACAUGGGCAGCACCAAGGCUUAGUGAAGAUAAGGUGAAGCAGUGUGUUGAUGUUAGACUAAAGGGAGAGUACCCAUCCAAAGCAGUUGCAAAGAUGGCUGCUGUUGCUGCACUGUGUGUUCAAUAUGAAGCUGAGUUUCGACCAAAUAUGAGCAUCAUUGUCAAAGCUUUACAGCCUCUAAUGAAUAAUACUCGUUCUUCUCAAUCAAGGGAAUCUCGCAACGUGUAA